AACAGUAUUUAUAUUCUCUCUUCCUCAGGAAACUGAGAUCAGCAGGAGGAGAAAGGAGUGUGAAGUUCUCGAGGAAGAGGUGAAGAAAAGGAGUCAGUCAUGUCAAACCCUGGAGAGUGAGCUCCAGCAUGCUUUGCAGGAGAAAGUGCGCGUGAAUCUCCAGUUGUUCAACGAUAUACAGAAAGCAGCAAAGUAUGAGCAGGUGAAAAGUGAGUAUGAACAGCUGCAGGAGGCUCUGUACACAGUGACAGUGGAGAGAGAUUGCGCUCUGUUGGAGAGAACUGAGCUCCAAGGCAAACUGGAGAACCUAGAGCAGGUGCUGAAGCAUAUGCGAGAGGCUGCAGAGAGGAGGCAGCAGCUAGAAUUAGAGCAUGAACAAGCCCUGGCCGUCCUCAGUGCCAAGCAGCAGGAGAUUGACCUUCUGCAGAAGGCUCAAGUUGAGGCUAAGAAGGAACACGAAGGUGCCGUCCAUCUGUUAGAGAAUCACUUGGACAGCAUGCAGCUGAGAAGUUUCCUUCGCACUAAGAGCACAAUGCAGUUUUUGGCUAAAGUGAGAGAAUUGGAGGAAAAAUGCCGGUCACAAAGUGAGCAGUUUAAUCUGCUGUCAAAAGAGUUGGAGAAGUUCAGGUUGCAGGCUGGGAAGUUAGACAUCCUAAGCAGCAGUCAGCUGGCAGGGAGCGACUCGACUGGCUCCCCCACCAAACCCCUCUCCCUCUCUCAGCUCCUCAACGGCCUCACUGCCCCCACAGGGAAAGGUAAUGAGGAUCCUAUGAGUAAGAUCUCAGAGCUCAUUCAGCCUCUGCAGAUGAGUGAGGGGGAGAAGGUAGAGCUCCUUUCUGUCAAACCCACUUUCCUCUCUCGCAGCACACCCUCAAGCCCACGUCGGACUUUUCUCUCAGAGGUGCGGCCUGUCAUCGCCUCUGCUAUGGACAAAGAAGUCACCUCGUCUCCAAGGUCUAAGUCCCGAUACACAGGCAAAGUGCGAUUGUGUGUUGCUCGCUACAAUUAUAAUCCUUAUGAUGGCCCUAAUGAGCACCCUGAGGCAGAGCUCCCCCUGGUGGCUGGGAAGUAUCUGUAUGUUUACGGGACCAUGGAUGAGGACGGAUUUUAUGAAGGGGAGUUGUUGGAUGGACAGCAGGGACUUGUCCCCUCCAACUUUGUGGAGUUCAUGCAGGAUGAGGAGCUUCCUUCGGUUCCUCUGUUGGAUCGCAUCAAGGAACCGUCCUACCUCAAUCACAGCCCCGCUUCUAUGCCGAGCAGCGCCGUGAGCACGCUGAGCACUUUGCUGUCGGAGAAGCUGGACGCCCUGGGCUCCUGUACGGGGACUGGCACCAGCAGCAGCAGCGGGGUGAGCAGCUUGGGCAUGAGCAUGGGGCUGGGCAUGGACUUCCUGGGACCAUGCAGCAACGGCACGGGCACGCUGGACGUGAACAUCGACGAGAUCGGAGAAGACGUUGUGCCUUAUCCCCGCCGCAUUACCUUGAUCAAGCAGCUGGCCAAGAGCGUGAUCAUAAGCUGGGACCCGCCAGUGGUGCUGCCCGGAUGGGCACCCAUCAACGGCUACAAUGUGCUGGUGGACCAGGAAGUGCGCAUGAGCGUGCCGUUUGGUGGUCGCACAAAAUCUUUGAUUGAGAAGCUGAACCUGACGUCCUGUACGCAUCGCAUCUCCGUUCAGAGCGUGACGGAUCGCGGACUCUCCGAUCCGCUGCGCUGCACCCUGCUGGUGGGGAAGGACGUGGUGGUGGCGCCCUAUUACCUCCGUGUGGAGAACAUCACGCAGGCGUCGGCAGAGCUCGUCUGGAUGCCAAGCAACAGUAACUACAGCCACACGAUCUUCCUGAACGACGGGGAGUAUGACGUGGUGAAGCCUGGAGGGUACAAAUACCAGUUUUACAACCUGAAACCCAUGACGGUUUAUAAGAUACGGGUGGUGGCCAGACCUCAUCAGAUGCCCUGGCAGCUGCCUCUCGAUCAGAGGGAGAAGAAGGAGGUCACGGUGGAGUUUUGCACACAACCGGCUGGUCCUCCGUUACCUCCUCAGGAAGUGCAGGUUCAGUUGGCACAGACUCCAGGAGUCUUACAGAUUCGCUGGAAGCCCCCUGCUCUUACACCUACUGGCACCUCCAAUGGAGCCAGCGUUUUAGGAUACAUAGUCUGCACUAAAGGUCAAAAGAUAGCAGAGAUAAUGUACCCCACAGCAGAUUUUGUUACGGUGGAACUGAACCGUAUCCAGUGUCUGGAAGCGCGGGAGGUCAUCGUGAGGACAAUAUCAGCACAAGGCGAGUCUCAGGACUCUCCCGUGGCCGUCAUUCCACACAACUUCCUGGUGCCUCAUUCCCAUUCGCACCUUCAGUCUCAUCCUCCACCUCACCCCCAGCCUCAUUCUCAAACACACCCACCCCCUUACCCGCAGGCCUACCCCACAACCCACCCGCAGCCACACUUACAACCUCAUUGUGUCCCGCCACCCCAACCGCCACACCCUCAACCCCUGCCCCCUCACCCCCAACCACAGCAUCACAUCCACCCCUCGCCUUCCUCUUACCCCAUGUCUAAACCCAAACUUCUACCAAGUGCCAGAGACCCACAUGCCAAAGAUCCAGAUAUGGGCAGGCGACUGGGACAGCCCUGGGAGCCACAUCCCCGGGCCCCAUCACCGUUACCGUCCCAAUCGCACCCGGGGCACACGCUGGAGCCCCCUCACAUAGAGGGUAGACGCUCCCCCUCCCCCCAGAGGAUAUUGCCGCAACCUCAGGGAGCGCCCAUUCCUAACACAGUGGCUCGUGCAAUGGCCCGACAAGCGGCACAGAGGAACCCCCCAAACAGGGUGGAGAGGAGGAACAUCUUUAGUGAUAGGGGUAAUGUUAUGCACUCAUUAAACUCCGAUGAGGAAGAAGACGGGUACGACUCCCCCCACAUUCGGCGAAGAGGAGCUUCUGUGGAUGAAUUUCUCCGAGGCUCAGAGCUGGGCAGACACCAUCCUCACUACAGUCACAGUGAAGAUUACUACACAGAGAGCAGUCGAGGCUCAGAUCUGUCUGACAUCAUGGAGGAGGACGAGGAGGAGCUGUACUCGGAGAUGCAGUUGGAAGAAGGACGACGGCGCAGCAUUAACUCGCACAACUCGCUUAAGGCGUAUUACAGGCGUCAGGACCUUGCUGUGGAACGGGACAAUUGGGACCUCCAGCGAGAGGUGGUACGACAGCGCUCCUUGCGCUCCCACAAGCGUCUCCAUAGCAUCCCGGAGGUGGCAGAGGAGGAUCCAGACACCGGGGUGGAAGUCAUGGGUCAGCGUCUGCGUUUCGAGGAAGCCCGUCCGGGCACUCCGUGCAUGAGCCCCCGGCCUUAUCGUCAGGACCCUCGGCAGCCGAACCAGCUCUCGCCUACCAAAUGCUCCCGCAGGCUGCAGAGGCAACGCUCCUCUCCGCGUUACACCUCCAUAGAUGAGAGGUCUCCUGGAGGUCCGUGCUGGAGCAGCAGUAGUAGCAGGCAAACCUCCAAGAGUCCGGACAGCGGAUUAGACUGCGGUAGCGAGGAGGAGGGCUCACUCGGAUACCGGUCCGGGUACCAUUCGUACACGGGAGGCAGCUCGCUGCGCGUGGGCUCUGGCCCCAACAUGCGGAUCAUCCACAGCGAGGGGCCGGCGGAGCGACGCGCUGUGGCCGCCUUCAGGAAAAGGACCCUGACUCGACAGUCUGGCGUGGAGGAGGACUUCCUGGAUGUCGUUCCGGAGCCGAGGAGCAUGCGGGAGUCGUACCAUCAUUACCACUAUUAUCCACAUCAUCACCAUCCUCAGCGCAGGUUCCGGAGCGAGGGCAGGCUAAGCGAGGUUGGCAGGACCUAUCACAGAGACAUUAGGGCCUACUCUGUUGCCAGGCUCAACAGGGCAAUGGAUGAACCCCUGAUUUUAGGGAACUCUCCCUCAACAGGAAGGUCGGAUCGCCUGGACCAUUCCGGCCGUAGGACGAGUCGCGGCUGCCCACCCCCUCAGAGAAGACCCAUCAACGUUCCUUCGAUCGAGAUCACGAUGGAGAAUAACAGUGAGGGGAACUUCUCAUCUAAGGACGAUGUUUACUAUUCCAGUGUAGGCCACCGCAAGAAAUGGCCCCCACAGCGAACACAGGACCGAUAUGAUGGAUAUGGAGGACGAGGACGGAGGUCUCCAGAUUACUACGAGUCAGAGCGAGAGGACCUGCCACGAUUAUUUGUGGCGAUGUUUGACUAUGACCCCCUGUCAAUGUCUCCCAACCCUGAUGCUGCUUUGGAGGAGCUUCCCUUUAAAGAGGGCCAGGUCAUAAAGGUGUUUGGAGAGAAGGACACGGAUGGAUUUUAUCGGGCGGAGAUCUGUGGCCGAAGGGGGCUCAUUCCCUGUAACAUGGUCUCAGAGAUCCAGACUGACGAUGAUGAAAUGAUCGACCAGCUUCUCAAACAGGGGUUUCUUCCUCUCAACACCCCUAUUGAGAAAUUAGUAAACUGUAAUAGGUUCAAAGAUGGCCGUUUAAUUAACCGCAGGUCACGGAAAUCCAAGAGAGAGAGGAACAAGAGGAGUGGAAGACAGCACCAGGUGUCGACGCGGAGGAUGGUGGCCCUGUAUGACUAUGACCCCAGAGAGAGCUCUCCAAACGUAGAUGUGGAGGCCCGCUAUGAGGGCAACUUACAGAGUGAGGAGGCUGAGCUGACGUUCUGCGCUGGUGAUGUCAUCACAGUGUUUGGGGAAAUUGAUGAAGAUGGCUUUUAUUAUGGAGAGCUUAAUGGACACAGGGGUCUGGUCCCCUCCAACUUUCUCGAAGAAGUGCCUGAUGACGUAGAGGUUUACCUCACCAACACCCCAAGCCGUCACCCCCAGGACCACCACCCCUCCAGGACGAAAAGCAAAAGGGUACCCGUGGAAAAAGCGGGCCCUCCCGGAAGAAGUGCCACCCCCACAGUGCGCCCACAAACCCAGGGGCCCGGCUGUCCCAUCCGGCGCCCCCGAGCUGACACUAAGAAAACAGGACUGCUAUCCAAGGGAAAGAAUCUAUUGAAAAUGCUUGGUGCUGUUAAAUAGCUUCCUCCUUUUACGUGGGUUAAGGAUGUUCGGAUUACAGAUAAAUGAUCCGAGAAGGGAAAAAGGAAAAUUAUGUUGAUCCUAUGUAUGCUGGUUCUGGAAGACAUGGAGUCAGUAUGGAAAAGUGAUGGAAACUAGUAACCUGUUUGUUUAUUAAACGCACAGACACCCAAGGUUUUGAAUAUAUAAUAGAUAUUCUUGGUCAAUUUCAUGUAAUGUUUAAUGAAAGGGAAGGAGAGAACUAAAAGUAUUUAUUUCAAAUAAAGAGACAUACAUUAUUUUAUUAUAAAUUAUUACAUUUAUUUUUAUUAAAGUAUAUUUAUUUCUCAAAUCCAGAGUUGUGAGGAGAACAAGAUAAACUAGCACAAUAUUUUAUAAAUGAGCACAAACAUUGACCAGACACAGCUUAUAUUUGUACAUGAGGGAAACGGAUAUGCUCUGCAAUUUUUCACUGUAUUUUUUGUCCUUAAAAGUCAUAGUGGAAGCAUAUAUGCCUUAUACAAUGCACAAUGGUUUGUGUUCGUGUCCAGUCAUUUGAUUGAUAAUUGUCUGUUUGUGUUGUGUGUAGUCACGUCAAUGCUUUACUUCUCAUCAAAAAAGUGUAUUUGCAAAGUGUCGUCUUGUUGUAAAUCUCACCAGCGAGAUGUUGUGUCAAACGUAGGAAGUGAAGGACGCUCAGCUUGCUUUAAACACUUUCCACUUAAUUUGCACAAUUUAACCGUCAAUUCAUUUUUAAUUUUGACUCAAUGGGCUCAAUAAUGGAUAAGCAUGUUUCUAAGUGAACACGAUCGCACAUGUUCUGUACUUGAAUGAUGAGAAAUUGUGAAUGUAUGGCCAAGUUAAACCUUCUGCAGGCUCUAAAACAUGAAUCUUUUUGGUCCAAUCUGUACUGUAUUUCUUCUCCACACACAUUUGUUUGUCUUUUGUCGCUUGUUCUCUAUGCCCAAAAUGAACAUGCAAGUGGAUUGGACUGAAACUGCCAAAAAACAGGAAUGUAUGAGAAACAUUCUGUAUAUGUUGUACAAUUUACAGCCAAAUCACAGGCAUUUUAUUUCAUUAGAACAACUGUAUGUUUUUUGCACAGUAGUCAAAUUGAAUCAUAACACGUGUUAUAGAGCAUCGCUUCUUCAUGUUUGAGUGACUGCUGCUCUUUUUGUACUUUUUGUCCAUUUGUACAUUCUUUUUAAAUGUUUAUACUUGCUUUUCAGACUGCCUUUUUUGUACAUCAGACUUUAUAAUCGGACAGUGCAAGCUUUCCUCAUGGUGUCUUCAAACCAUAAUGUUUUCAAGUCUGCAAUUGUGUGCUAGCUUUAUGAAAAAGAAUUAUAAGCCUAUAUUGGUGGUUAUCAAAUAUUGUGUGAGUGUGCAUGUGCAGUUUUAUAUCAAAAUAAAUUUGAUAUUUUAUACA